AUGUUAACCCGUAAUUGUAAAUUUAUCACCACUCAACUUAGCAACAUUCCUACUAUAGUUGGUUUUAAUGCACCUCAAAGUAUUCCACCUCAAAGUAUUCCACCUCAAAAUAUUCCACGUCAAUCCUCUCCACCCUCUUCUUUUUCUAAUGGAGCAUGGGGCGCAUUCAUACCACUAAAUAGAAACGAUCAAAUGAUCUACUUUACUGAUGCUAGUCAACAUUUAGGCUACGUAACGAACGAUGAUGGUCAAGUUAAUGUAAUACCAGUAUGCAUUGUCUAUAAGAUGAUAUCUAACGGUGUUCCAGUUGUAGUAAUCAAUAAUAAAAGUCAUGAAUCAUCAAAAAAAUUUUUAGUUGACAAAUAUAUAGUUGGUUUAAAUCAUGAACGCGAAUUAAAAGAUGGAACAGAAGUAAAAUUUCAAUCGGGUUCUUUUGGAACUUUCGAAUAUACAUUUAAAUUUAAUCAAAAUUACACUUCAAGAACCUUCAACAAUCUUUAUACUACCACGACAUUAUUAGGAAAGGGAAGUUUCGGACAAGUGUUUCUGUGUUUACCACAAUUUCCAUCACCAAAUCGUUACGCUGCAAAACUCAUCGAAAUCAAAGACAAAACAGAUUCAGAGAUUGAUUCUUUAAGACGUGAAAUAAAAAUUAUGAAUACAUGCAAUCAUCACAGAUUGGUAAAAAUUUUUAAUACAUUUCAUGAAAAUAAUUUGAUCAUGAUAGUAAUGGAAUGUAUGGAAGGCGGGGAUUUGUUUACUCUUAUUCAGCGUCGUGCUUUGAAAAUAGAAGAAACUCGUUAUGUAUUUACUCAAAUACUUGAAGGUGUGAAGCCUUCAAAUAUUCUAAUGUGUAAACAAGGUUCUCUUGAUAUUAAAAUUAUAGAUUUUGGGUUAUCUAAAAUAUUGGAUCUUGAUCAAGAAUACACCGCUACAGUUUGUGGAUCACCAGCAUUCGCCGCGCCGGAACUUUUAGCACAUUUCACAUACAGCAAAACCAUUGAUAUGUGGAGUGCUGGGGUGAUCCUCUAUAUGUGUUUAGUGAGAGAUAUCCCAUUUAAAGGAAAAGGUAAUGAAUUAAGAGCAAAUAUUGUUUUUACUCAACUUAAUUUGGACAAUUCUCCUAAUUCGCUUGCAUGGAGAAAUGUUGAUCUGAAUGCACGAGACUUGGUUGUAAAUUUAUUGGAGAAGUUUCCUAGCAAAAGAUUAACCGUGGAACAGGCAUCGGAACAUGUAUUUAUUAUUCGAGGAACACAUCAUAAUAAUGUUCAAGAAGUUAUCCAGCAGAGUCCUCCCAUCAUUAAAAGAAUGGAAAAUCCGGCAACGCAAAGUCUUCCACCAGCAAUUUUUAAUCGCGUCAACAUCGCCACUGCUAAAAUCAAGAUUCAAAAUAAUAAUAACUCUUCCAGUCUCUCCCAAAGAAAUCGUGGUUUUUUUAAAAAUAAUAAUAUCAAUUCAACAAUAAGCACAAGAUGUCAUAGUCAAUUAUUUCAACCAACAAGUUGUUCUACUUCUCCAACCACUAGUUAUUACUACUCUGAACCAAAUAACAGCUAUUACCCAUCUGAUAAAGCUAACACCAACAAUAAAUAA